AUGAGUGAAGAGAAUGUGCACGACAUUUCUAGAAUACCAGCAAAUGAAGAAAUGCGACAAAAAUGGUUUCAAAAUAUUAAAGAAGACUGCAGUUCCAUUCACUUUGGUACAAGAACCAUCCACUUUGGUAAAGGAGAACCAUCCACUUUGGUAAAAGAAGAACCAUCUACUUUAGUAAUAGAAGAAUCAUUCACUUUGGUAAAAGAAGAACCAUCCACUUUGGUAAUAGAAGAAUCAUUUACUUUGGUAAAAGAAGAACCAUCCACUUUGAUAAAAGAAGAAUCAUUCACUUUAAUAAAAGAAGAAAGUGAAAAUAUGGCAAAGGAUUCAACUAUUUUAAAUAUAGACACAGAUAUGCACACAAAUACUGUAGAAAAUAAUGGUAAUGUAGAAAUUGAAAGGAGCUCAAAUAGAGAAAGGAAAUCACCGCAAAAUAACUUUAGAAAUUCUAAAGUUCAAAGAAUUUUUUUGAACAUUUCCGAACACAGUAUGGAAUGCUUCCGAAAAACAGAUUUUGUUUCGGACCAAAAAUGGGAACAAUUCUUGAGAUGUGUUUCUUAUAGUCGACAUCAAGCAAAAAUGACGUGGCAAGAGAAGAAACGCCUGCAGAAUAAAAAUAAUGUUUUAACUUCUAAAUAUUUGUUACAAAGAAAUAAACAAUUAAUAACAAAUAAUAAAAAAUAGUGAUGUAAAUGCUAGUAAAGUAAGUUGCACUUGUCACAUGUUAAAGCAGUUUAGAUUAUUUAUAAACUAAAAAUAUUCUUGAAUAUCUAAUACGUUAAGCGCUGUAUACUUUACUUCCUCUAUAUUGGAUAUUUGACAAUAAUUUGACUAAGGUUCAUAUUAUUGAUCAU